UUCAAAACGUGAUUGACAUCAGAAUCAGAAGGGUUUUGUGCUUGGAAAAUGUUGACACAAACUUUUCGAUUUAAGAUGUUCUUCAUACAUUGGUGAUUCAGUACCUCCACUCCAAAACAUGCAAAUUCCCAUGAUCCCUUAAAUUCGAUGUAAUCAAUGAAUUCAGCAUGAAAUGGAAAGUUUAUCAAGCCAGUAGUGGCACAUUCUACAGCUGUUUUUGACACGCGUUUUACGAUCUUAACAAAUAGUGAAAACCUAACCUCUCUCAUCAAGAAGUUACUAACUCUUAAGCUUUAAAAAUGUAUAAAUUUAAACCGUUUGUGUUUAUGAACCAUAAUGCGAAGAGCCACGAAAAACCAAAGGCCAGAAGUGGUCACAGAAUCGUGUGCGACGAGUACAAUCUAUAUUCGUAUGGUGGUUUUAAUCCCAGUAUUACUGACGAUGAUCCAGACAUGCAAAAUGAUCAUACCUGGAUGGAAAGUAAGCCACUUUUCAAGGAACUCUGGAAAUUUAGUCUCACUACUCAACAGUGGAAGCGUUUACCAGGUCAGGAGAGAAUGCCUAACGAACUGGCAUCAAAUGCAGUUGUAUUAAAAGGUAGUACGUUAAUGGUUUAUGGAGGAACUGGAUUUCCCUUUGGCGAGAGUUGCAGUAAUCAACUCUAUAGGUGCAAUGUGAACGACGGUGAAAUGUAUUUGGUACGUGCCUCUGGAGACUUUCCAGAACCUCAGUAUGGACAAGCAGUUAUUUGUGAUGGGCCCUAUCUUUAUACGGUCGGUGGCACAAGUGGAUACGAAUACACCUGCGACAUCCACCGAUUCGACCUCAGAUCGAAACAUUGGGAAGCAAUAUAUAUUUGUGCUGGCAGAGAUCCUUAUGAACCUAAAGGAAGGUACCGGCACGAGCUAGCCUUUGAUGGACGAAGAAUUUAUAUUCUAGGCGGAGGAACUUCUAUCGAAGCUUUUGACUUUGUUGAAAUUCCAGCAUUUGAUUUGAAGUCCAACACCUGGGUAACCCUAAAUACUCUGGAGGACAGCACAAUUCCCAAUUACCACCGUAUUCCUCCCCCAAGACGUUGUCAUGGCUCUGUUCAAUAUACAGAUGAAAAGACAGGUGCAACAACAGUUGUGAUAUCGGGUGGUUACAAUGGAACUCAAGUUUUUAGCGAUGUUUGGAGACUUGACUUAAAUGUCUUACAAUGGACAUUAUUAAAUCAAUGUAAAUUGCCACGGCCAGUCUACUUUCAUUCGACAGCAUUAACCUCAAUGGGUCGGAUGUACGCAUUUGGUGGAAUUAUUAAACAACGCGAAGAGGUAGCAAGAACAGAUGCAGUGCUCUCGGUAUGGCUAACCAUUCCAAAGCUGACAGAAAUCUGUUGGGAUGCACUAAACUUCUACUAUCCUAACCUUCAGAACUACACGCCAGACGAAUUACUGCGACUUGGAAUACCUUUAAAAUAUGUAUCAAGAUUCGAGUAUGAUUCUUUAAAAUGCAUCGAUCGUCAAAACGAUUUGAUUAAAUUUUAGCCAAAUAUUGAAUGCGUGAGUAAAUUCUAUUGGGUUUUGUUAUCUACUUUUUUUAUACAAAGUAUAUUAUACGAUUGAAUUUUUUUUUUAAUUCGUGAACUUGUUUGCCGAGACACAAAAUGUUAUUGAUUAGCAACUGUUUUCUUUUGUAUCCUUAUCAAGUUAAAAAAUGUGUAUAAUUAUUAAUUUAUGAAAUCUAUAAUUUAUUUAUUUAUAAAUUUUAUAUAUAUAUUAUUAUUAUUAGUUACAUCUUGAACAUUAGCGGUAAAUAUUAAACAAAUCUUUUUUUAACUUGGCCAUAUUUCCAUACACGUUCAUUCAAAAGCGUAACAUGAAAUUUAUGUGAAUAAUGUUGUCAAGGAUUUCAUGAGAUUUAUUUUACACUGAUAAAAUAUUUAUUUGUUUGAGUACUGAAAUUGUUGUUACUCUACUUUAUAUUUGACUGUCAAUCUUUAAGAUUGAAGUAAAACUUUCGGGCAUUAUACAUCGAUGAUAAUGCUUUUAAAGCACAUACUUUUAGAAUUAUAUGGUCUUGUUAUCAAUACCUUUGAAUAUAUUCUCUAAGAAUUUGAGCAUGAAGCAAAAGUGUAUUAUGAAAAUGUGAGCCAUGAGUCGAAGAUGUGUAAGAAAAAGUAUAGUUCUAGAAUGAAUAAGACUAAAAAUGUUAAAACUCUUGACUCAAAAGCAAUUCACCUUGUUUUUACUCCAAAUUGUAAGACAUUAUAUGCUAAGUUUUUCCACCUUUAAACAUUCGCCUUUUAAUACUGUGUUAUGCAUAAAGUGCAUAAUAGUCUAUUGUGCACCAAGGCAACAAAGGUGCCUUUUUAAUGCCGAGUGUGAGUUUUUGCAAACACUCUUGGCCGUAAAAAGAUUCGCUGCCUCGGUACGCAUGAUAUUUUAUCUGAUAAGAGUAUGAUUUCCGAGGUUUCUCAUAAAAUUGCGUCGCAGGCUUCAAGUUAGUUUAAAUGGACAAUUACAGCGUAGAGCAGUGCUCUACGGACAACAAAUUGCACUUCAUCGGCCUAGAGCGGGAAAGUACCCCACCACGAAGAACGAACUACUUUGCUGUUCCAAAACACGCCCAGAAAGCGAGGAAAAUAUACUGAUGUUACAUAAA